AUGUAUUCUUCGGCUGAAAUUCCGCAAUCUGGCUCAAGCAAAGCGUCUAGACGCUUGCCUCGUCACACUCCACCGCAGGUAUCAAGCAUUGUUCUGCACUCAGAGCUUUCUAACAAAUCUAAGAAAAGGGAAUAUGUAUCUGAUACCGAAAUCGGGUCCGAUCCGAUCGAAACGAGUGAGGACGAAGCCAUUGAACAGGCUUCUAAGAGACUAAAAACUGGAGUGCAGCAACGUUCUGCAAAAUCCGGACUCAAGAGAAAAGCCUCCGAUGAAUUCAUAACCGUCCCUGCCAAAGAGUGGGAGAGUAUGAAGGAAAUGAAUUCUAAACUCGCUGGUCGAGUAUUCCAGCUAAAAACCAAACUUGAGGAAGGGUCUGGGGAAACACAUCGCGGUAUCGGAGUCGAAAAGAUUUUUCAGAAGCUCCAAUUCCUACACGAUGAUAUAGGCAAGAAUAUAGCUUUAUUGAAGAGGGCCAUUCCGUCUCCGCCGGUUUCCCCUCAACCCCCGUCAAUAGAAGCAUAG